AUGUUCAAGGCUGAGAAAUAUACAAUUGGUUGGAUCUGUACUUUGAGACAAGAGUUCAUCGCCGCCAAAGCAUUUCUCGAUGUUCUCCAUGGCCAGGUUGACAAUGCAGCAAUCAAUGAUGACAACAAAUACACACUCGGCAGUAUUGGCAAGCACAAUGUUGUCAUUGCAGUUUUGCCGGAUGGCCAAUAUGGACUCGUCAACGCGGCUGCCGUCUUGGGGGACAUGACUCGGACGUUUUACAGCCUGCGAGUCGUACUUCUGGUCGGGAUUGGUGGUGGCGUCCCGGGCAAGAAGGAUAUACGGCUGGGUGACAUCGUUGUUGGAUCUAUAGGUCCAAACAACGGUGGUGUAAUUCAGUACGAUUACGGAAGGGCGUUCCAAGGCGAGGAAUUUGCUAUUACUGGCCACUUAAACCAGUCGCCCAUGGCAUUCCUAACAGCUAUGAGUGCUCUACACGCUACAUAUGAGAUGGAAGGUCACAACAUUGACAACAACAUCGAGAAGGCCCUUCAAAGGUACAAGCGACUCGGCAGGGAAUACAGAAGACCAGAAGCUUCCACCGACAGGUUGUACAAAGCAGAAUAUGUUCAUAAAGGAGGCGAGAGCGUUGCCUGCAGUCAGUCCUGUGUGAACGAAUAUCUGGUGCACCGGGACGAGCGAGGCGAGGAUGAAAACAAUCCUGCCAUUCACUACGGAUUGAUAGCAUCAGGCAAUUCUUUAAUAAAGGAUGCGCUUCUACGCGAUAGGCUUGCAGCAAAGCAUAGUGUCCUAUGCUUUGAGAAAGAAGCGGCAGGUCUGAUGAAUCACUUCCCCAACGAUGAGUGGCAGGGGUAUGCGGCUAUGGUGGCAGCGGCCUACGCGAAGGAUCUGCUACUUCAGGUACCUCCGCGCCGUCUUCAGAAGGAGGAACGUGCUGAAACAGUCUUUCGACAGAUGACUUACCGGGUAGAGGACAUCCGCCACAUGUACAGGGAGAGCAACCGUGACAUGAAAUCUCUUCCCUCCGGUAUUGGCGACGAUACCGUAUCGGAAUGGCUCAAUCCGACCAAUCCAUCUGUCGAUCAAAACAGGGCUCACAAGGACUGCCAGCCAGGUACUGGGUGA